AUGCCCGGCCUUCCAUCUCUAUCGGUGGAGGAGAAGGCCGCUCGGGAUCGGCGGCUGCAAAUGGAGCAUGAAAGGUAUGUCAACAGCAUCGCCACGAUGCGUUCUUUGCCACGUUUGCAGUCAACGAUUGCCGGUGCCGGUGGAAAGACCAACGAACAUGUCCGCCUCGCAGAGGAGCGGGAAACGGAGCGGCGUCAGCGCCACCAGGUCGAGGCUGACCGUCUUCUGGAAAGAACAGAGCGAGAAAGGGCGCAUCAGGCCAAGGUUGAGGCGCUGAAUGCUAGACAACAACGAAAGCGGGCCAAGGCGGCCAAAAAAAAGUCGAAGAAGGCGAGAUUGCGAUUGGAAGAUGGAAAGGCGGAAGGCUCUUCCGUCCCGUCUGAAGACGAGGAAAGCGAGAAUGGUGACGUAGGUGAUGCGGCAGCUUCGGAUGAAGGGAAAGCUGAAAAAUAG